AUGGAUGAGUAUGCAUUAUUCUNGAUGAGGNNUNGNNCGUUUGGAGACUUAUCAUCCCUUACAAUGAUGUUUACUAUGGAGCCUCAAAGUUGGUGGGUUAACUUUGGUGCCGAUGCUCCUCACUUACAGUCGUUGGCUUUUAAGUUGCUUGGACAGCCUACAUCAUCUUCUUGUGCUGAGCGCAACUGGAGUACCUACGGAUUUAUUCAUUCAUUGAGAAGGAACAGAUUGUUACCAAGUCGCGCUCAAGACUUGGUUUUCAUCCACAACUAUCUACGCCUUUUAUCAAGAAAUUCUUCUCAGUAUGAAAAUGAAAAGACUAAGAUGUGGGAUGUUGGUGGAGAUUCCUCUGAUCCAUUGGAAGAUGGAGGAUUUUUGGAUUUUUCUGAACUCUCUCUAGAUGAGCCAGACUUUGAAGACGAGCCAGCUUCAACUAAUCCAAUCAGUAAUCUACAGCUUGGGGUUGUUGGCUCCUCAAGAGGAGCAAAUGUCUCUUGGGAUAAAGUUUGCACUCCUAAGAGUUGCGGGGGACUAGGAUUAAAAAGACUUUCUGUUUGGAACCGCGUUUUCUCCUUGAAGCUCAUAUGGCUUCUUUUUACGAAGAGCGGGUCAUUAUGGGUUUCUUGGAUCUCUUCGAACCUCAUUAAGGGUCGGGUAUUUUGGGACAUUCCAUCAACCUCUUCAGAGAGCUGGAUUUGGAAAUCAAUCUUAAAAAGCAGAGAUGUAGCUAGGCCAUUCCUCUGCUGUAAGAUUGGCGAUGGAAACUCGAUCUUCUUCUGGCAUGAAAACUGGACCAACCUUGGCCCCCUAAUUGAUCUUACAGGAGCAAAUGGUCCACGUGUUACCGGCAUUCCUAAAUUAGCUACUGUUUCCCAAGUCAUUCAUGGAAGCAAUUGGUCUUUACCUAGAAGCAGGCAUCCUGUUGCCCAAUUGCUAAGACCUUGCCUUCCGGCUGCCGAUUCUCUGUUAUCAGAAACUUGCGAUGAAUUCUUAUGGAAAUAUCCAAAUUCAACAGAUCCAUGUCAAUUUUCAACUGCUUCAACUUGGUCUGCUCUUCAUCCUGAGACUGGUGUAGUGAGAUGGUUAACUACAAGGGACAAGCUUUUGAGUUGGGAAUUACAGGUUCCUUCGGAAUGUCUACUUUGUGGUAAUACACCGGAAAACAUGCAACACCUUUUCUUCAACUGCUUGAUCUCGACAGAGAUCAUAAGGGGCUUGUUUGUUCAUCAUUCUCUACUCCCUCCUCUACGGUUAUAUGACAUAUUCAAUUGGGCAAAGAGAUGUUCAAACUUGUCUCAAGUCAAGACAAUAUGUUUAAUCCUUCUUCAAGCCAUAGUGUAUGAGGUGUGGAAGGAGAGGAAUACAAGGUUGCACUCUUCAACUUCUCGACCGGUUCCUAUAAUCAUCAAAGAAAUUAGGUACAUCUUGAGAAAGAAACUUUAUGGACUUGAUCAUGAAAAGGUGGUGGAUCAAGGACCCUCUUUGUUCGGAUUGGGCGUGCCUUAUAUUUGGGUUUUCGGCCUUUACCUUGCUACAAAUGGUCUCCAUGUAAAAGGAAAUCGAAAAGAUGAAUAA